GAAAAAGGAUUCGCAAUGGAACUAUCGCGAUAAUUGUUGUCCCUACAGUUAUUAACCUCUUCGUAUUUGUUGGUCUUUUCAUAAUCUUUGACCAGAGGAGAAAGGCCUAUAAUAAAAACAUCAACGAAUGCUUUGAUUCUGAUGGACAAUCUAUGUUGCGGUUUAGUAUUGGCAUGAUACUCUCUGCAACCGAUGACUUUUCACCUGAAAAUAAGCUUGGUCAAGGUGGAUUUGGAACUGUCUACAAGGGGAUUUUGCCGAACGGGCAAGAGAUAGCGGUUAAGAGAUUAGCAAGUGGUUCAGGACAAGGAGAUACAGAGUUUAAGAAUGAGGUUUCGCUCUUGACUCGACUCCAACAUAAAAACUUGGUCAAGCUUCUUGGGUUCUGUCAUGAAGGAGAAGAAGAGAUUCUUGUCUACGAGCUUGUGCCCAAUUCUAGUCUUGACCAUUUUAUCUUUGAUAAAGAGAAGCGUUCGCUUCUUACAUGGGAGGUGAGGUUUAAGAUUAUAGAAGGCGUUGCUCGAGGUCUACUCUAUCUCCAUGAAGAUUCACAGCUGAAGAUUAUUCAUCGAGACUUGAAAGCAAGCAACAUACUUUUAGAUGCCGAGAUGAACCCUAAAGUUGCAGAUUUUGGGACUGCCAGGUUGUUCGACACUGAUGAAACUCGAGCUGAAACAAGACGAAUAGCUGGUACCCGCGGAUAUAUGGCUCCGGAAUACCUGAACCACGGGCAAAUCUCCGCUAAAUCUGACGUUUUCAGCUUUGGUGUUAUGCUUCUAGAGAUGAUAAGUGGUGAAAGAAACAAUAGCUUUGAAGGAGAAGGACUUGCAGCGUUUGAGUGGAAGAGAUGGGUUGAAGGAAAGCCUGAGAUGGUUAUUGAUCCUUUACUGAUGAAAAAUCCGAGACACGAGAUCAUCAAGUUGAUCCAGAUUGGCUUAUUGUGCGUCCAAGAGAAUGCAUCAAAGAGACCAACGAUGAACUCUGUAAUAGUUUGGCUUGGCAGUGAGACUAUCAUCAUUCCUUUACCUAGGGCUCCUGUUUUCACUAGGGAUCAAUCCCAAUCUGAAAAUAGUAAAAUGUCAAUGAGCAAUGACAUCUUUACAGAUUUGAGUUGCCGUUGA